AAAUAGUUUCUCCUCAGCUCCCCCCCCUUCUUGCAGCAAGAAAUUCGAACCAAAAAUGGAAGCAACAACAAUUCAUCACUGAAAUCUGAAUUCAGCACAUCUUAAUAAACAAUGGUUUCCUCGAUUCUUCUUCAGCAAUCCAUUAAUUGCUUCAUCUACAACUACCAGUUAGGGAAGAAUUUGAAGCAUGGAUUGGCGGCAACAAAACCCAAUUUGAUGCAGAAAUGUACCUGUAGUAGGAGAAUUGGAGGCAUUAGAGCUAGAGCUGCGUUUGAUACUAUUGAGACUGCUACUUCUCCUACUGCUUUCCCCUUCUUUCAAACCGAUUCUCAACAAGAAGUCACACCUGCUUCUAAGUUGGAGCUCGCAGACCCUGAAUUUUAUAAAAUGGGAUUCGUUAGAAGCAUGCGAGCUUAUGGGGUGGAAUUCAGGGAAGGUCCAGACGGAUUUGGAGUUUAUGCCUCGAAAGACAUUGAACCUACUAAACGUGCCAAGGUUGUCAUGGAAAUCCCACUGGAAUUGAUGUUAACUAUAAGUCAAAAAACCCCAUGGAUGUUUUUUCCAGAUAUCAUACCAAUCGGGGAUCCUAUAUUUGACGUUAUCAACUCAACAAAUCCAGAGACGGGUUGGGACCUGAGAUUGGCGUGUCUUCUUCUAUAUGCAUUUGAUCACGACAAGAAUUUCUGGCAACUUUAUGGUGAUUUUUUGCCUAGUGCUGAAGAGUGUACUAGCUUGCUUCUAGCUACAGAGGAUGACCUCAUGGAGCUACAUGAUGAGAAUCUUGCAUCAACCAUGAGAAAAGAAAGAUCACGAGUCUUAGAUUUUUGGAUAAAAAAUUGGCACUCUAACAUGCCCUUGAAAGUAAAAAGGCUUGCCCGAGAUCCAGAAAGAUUUGUUUGGGCCGUUAGUAUGGCACAAACACGACAUAUUAAUUUCAGAAUAAGAAUUGGUUCAUUAAUUCAAAAUGCAAAUAUGUUUGCUCCCUAUGCAGAUAUGUUGAACCAUUCUUGCAAGCCAAAUUGCUUUUUUCAUUGGAGAUUCAGAGACCGAAUGUUUGAGGUGAUGACAAAUGCUGGACAAAGGAUUAAAAAAGGGGAAGAGAUGACAGUGAAUUACAUGAGUGGCCAGAGGAACACAACACUUAUGCAAAGAUAUGGCCUUUCUUCACCCGAUAAUCCUUGGGAUGUGCUUCCAUUCUCUGGAAAUGCAAAGAUCCAUUUAGAUUCCUUUUUAUCAGUCUUCAACAUAUUCGGUUCUCACCAAGAUUAUUACCAUAAUGCUAAAUUAGGAAAUGAAGAAAAUAGUUUUGUGGAUGGAGCUGUUAUAGCAGCUGCAAGAACACUGCCUACAUGGUCUGAAAAGGAUACCCCUCCAAUCCCAAGUCAAGAGAUAAAAGCUGUAAAAUCUCUUCAACAAGAAUGUCAACAAAUUCUUUCACAAUAUUCCACUACUUCAAAACAAGAUCAACAUAUCCUAGAUUCUACACCGGAAAUGAGCUGCACACGUGAAGCUGCAAUCAAGUAUAGGUUGCACAGGAAGUUGUUUGUGAAGAAGACUUUUGCUGUUUACGUGAUUUUUUCGUUUGAUUCCUUCAGGUUAUUAUAUAUCUGGAUGAACGAGUCUUUACAUGCCUUAUAUGAGUAA